CAAGCUCCUAGCGCCGUGUAAUAUGUGACCUAUUCAUGGCUCUCAUAGAAGGUGUUGGGGAUGAAGUUACAGUCCUGUUUGCGCUGGUACUGUUUUUCAUGGUGCUUAUGCUGGCAUGGGUAUCUACACACACCACUGAGCGUGCACCAACACAUUGGAUUCGUCCGGAACCAGCCCAAGGGGGAGCUUCAAGUAACUCCCAGAGGGACUUUCACCCUGGUCCUUCCCAGACUCUUACAAAUGCAGAUCCCAACAGUGAGACAGUUGAUAGUAGUGACUCUACGCAGAGUAGCAGAGAAUUCCAGAAUGCUGGUGCCACUCCCCAUAGUGAAGUGGCCUUUUCCAGUUCUGGGUCCACUGUGAGUACUGGGGGAUCCGUAGAAUAUACUGGGGCUGCUGCAGACUCGCCCCCUGAUGGUGAAUCCCACCCUAACUUUACUGUGAGUAGCAGAGAUCCCCAAGCUGGUGCCUCUUCAUCACUAAGGUAUAGAGGCCUCGGUGACGGUACCACAGCCCAGUCUGCAGAAGAGGCAGGUACAAUACACCUGAGGCUGAAGUUCCUGAAUGACACGGAGCGGCUGGUGACUGUGCGGCUGUCUGAUACCAUCAUGUACAUUAAGAGGACUUAUUUUCCAGGCCAGGAGCUGCGGGUUCGUCUUAUUUUUCAGGGUCAACUUCUCCGUGACGACUCACAGACGGUGUCCUCCCUGCAGCUGAGAGAUGGCUCAGUCUUACACUGCCACAUCUCCCAGCAUGCAUCUGUGCCAGGGGUGGGGGCUGAUCAAGCUAAUGUGCCUCUGAAUGUGGGCAAUCUAUUGGUGCCCCUUCUUUUCCUCAUUGUCAUGCUGCUGUGGUACUGCCAGUUCCAGUACCCCUCCUUGUUUACUGGUACUGCCACUGCUUGCCUGGGAGGAUUCACCCUGCUGAUCAGUGCCAUCGCCUUCUCCUCCUACCACAGGUAAUGGGCUGGAGACCAUCAUGUAGACACUGUGUCCUACCCAAAGCCACCCUUGGCAGGAAACACAAGAACCUUCCAAUCCCUGCACCUCCCAUGUGGGUAUCUGCCCUGCCCCUCGCUGUCACUUUUCAUUUCUGUGCAGAAUAAAAUAACGUGUGUUUGUGUGGCACCAGGGGGGUGACUUUUAUCCUGGUCCCGCUGUGCCCAAUUUAAGUAUGAGUAGAGAUAUGAGUAGCUGCCCAGCCUACUCCUACCAGAAUCUCACAACUUCUUGUGUUCUCUCAACCCAGCUUGUGCCUCAGGUGUAUGAAUGGAAAUGCUUCCCAGGUACUGCCACAAUCCUUGGGUCUCACACUCCUAAAGGGAACAUGGCAACUCUCACCCGUAAACGAAACAUCAUACUGUACUGUAUCAGAAACACAAUAUGGCAGCUCCCACUCAUAUACAGAAAAGAAACAAACUGGUCAUACAAAGAGCUGUAAAAAGUUGACUAAAUAUAUGAUUUCCCAUAACAUGUCACAGUAAAGUUUAUGAAGAAAGCAA